GCCGUGUCAACUUUCAAAAUCGCCUCGAUCCAGGCUACAUCUUUGCGCGGAAGAUCAAAUCCUGUCACUUUGUAACCACAAACACAGUCGCGCAGUUCGAGCUUCGAGACGUCCACGUCUUCCUCUCCGCGACAACUCGACCCCUCGGCCAUCGGCAAAUUCAGACACAAUGGCUGGCCUCAGUCCCCAGGUAACGAACCUGAUCAUCAUCCUUGGGAUGAUGCAGGUCGCGAAGAAGAUCCCCUUCGAUGAUCCGCAGGUGCUCAACCUCUGCCGCGCCGCCUACAUCACCAGCAACCUCAUCAUCCUGGGCAUUUACAUGUACAUCAAGGUGGUGAUCGACAAGAAGAAGGACAUGACCACGCUCAAGUACGUCGAGCCGGCGCCGAUGGGCUCGAGCGAGGAGGGCAAGCUCGUCACCACCACGGUGCACGCCUACGAUGUCGGCCAGCUCAAGCAGCUCAUGCGCGGACAGGGCAUGGGCGUGCUGAUGAUGGCCGUGAUGCACCUCUACUUCAAGUACACCAACCCGCUGCUCAUCCAGAGCAUCAUCCCGCUCAAGAGCGCGCUCGAGUCGAACCUGACCAAGAUCCACCUCUGGGGCCAGCCCGCCGUGGGGGAUCUUAAGAGGCCCUUCAAGCAGGCGGCCGGCCUCAUGAGCGGGCUCCAGAGCGGCCCCGCCCAGGCCGACAAGAAGGCCGUCGAGAGCGCCGAGCGGGCCGGACGCGGUGGUGUCAAGGAAGAGUAAAUUGAUGCGGCGGGGGGUUCGCAGUGGCUAAUAAUUAGCUGCAUGAAUAAUGAUUGGGGAGGUUCUGUACAGUAUACUGCAAUGUGCUAAGAGGCAUCGCUAUACAGUAAUAGACGUUGUGCAAGUGGGCAAAGGAGGGAUAUCUUCAACACGCAUCUCGUGGCAACCUCAAUGACAACAUUGCCUUGAAAUACUCAGUUCCGGACUAGUACCACGGCAGGGCAC